AUGGUGAAUAGGAACAAAAAUGUUGAUGAUAUCAUAUGGCAAGUUCGACAUGAUGAUGUGCCAGCAUAUAAUAAUCUAGCAGCUAUAGUCGAAAGAAUUAUGGUUCGAAAUGGGGUAAAUUUCGGCCUUAGAAGGCGAAAUUAUACAUCACCUUUGUCAGAGUAUAUCUUGCAGGAAAAAGCACCCCCUAGAACCAAAGUCCCCAAAUUCACCAAGUUUGUUAAGGAUACCACUGAGUCCACUGUCGAGCACGUGGCUAGAUAUUUAAUUGAGGCUGGAGAUAUAUCAAACAAUGAGAUCCUUAGGAUAAUUUUUUUUCAAAGUUCUCUCAAAAAGAAUGAUUUCACAUGGUUUCGAUUACUCAAAGCUAGGUGUUUUACGCAAAUACCAGAGCAUGAACUGGUCGAAAUGGACGUUGGGGGCCUCGACUAUUCAAUUAGAAAGAAAUUAGAUACUCAAUACCUAAGGGAUAUGGCCCAAUUGGCUGACAGGGUUCGACAGUUGGAACGUUUGAAGGAAGAAAAGGCUAGGGAAAAUAAAGGUAAAAGGGUAGCUUAUUACGAUUUUAGGAAUGAUGAUGAAGGUUCAUGUCAUGGACUUUCAGACUUCGACGACAAUGAGAUUGACUUUGCUUAG